AUGGCAUUCGACAUAUGUUCCUCUGUUGUAUCUGCGAUUUAUGCUGAAGAUCUCAUCAAAGAGAACUUAGUAUCACAAAGAGACAGUGUGCACGAUCGUGUUACAAAAGCUGAACAAGAUGCUCAAAAGAUUGAUAUUCUUGCUAUGAAGUGGCUGGAUGAGGCAAAUUCUCUCAUAAAUGAUGCAGUGUCAUUGGAAGAAAAAGCAAGAACAAACAAGAGUUGCUGCCUUGGGCAUUGUCCUAACUGGAUUUGGCGAUGUCAUUUGGCUAAGCAAAUAGAAAAGAAGUCAAAGGAAAUGGUUGAACAAAGAAACAAUUGGAAAUUCAAACAACAAUUUGCCCACCCUGCUACACCUCCAGGCAUGUUGUACUUUUCUUCAGAAGGAUUUUUGUUGUCCCACAGCACCAAAGUGGCAAAAGAUCAACUUCUUGAAGCAUUAGAAGAUGAUGAGGUUUCCAUGAUUGGGUUGUAUGGCAUGGGUGGUUGUGGUAAAACCACCUUAGCCAAACAAGUUGGUAAGGCUACAAUGGAGUUUUUCCAUAAGGUUGUCUUUAUUGUUGUGUCGAGUUCUGUUGAUAGUACAAAGAUCCGUGAUUCAAUUGCAGAUCAAUUGGGUUUCAUGCUUGAGGGGCAAGGUGAUUUUGGAAAAGCUCAAAGUUUGUGGUCCAAGCUAAACAAUGCAGGAAAUAUUUUAAUAAAUUUGGAUGACGUGUGGGAAAGGCUUGAUUUUGAAACUAUAGGAAUUCCCUUUGAUUCCAAUUUCAAGAGAUGCAAAGUUCUGAUAACUGCACGACGUAAAGAUAUUUGCACAUUAAUGGAUUGUCAAAAGCAUGUACACCUACAUCUAUUGAAUGAAGAAGAUGCAUGGAGGUUGUUCCAAUAUUAUGGUCAUAUAACCAGUACAACCCUUGAAAGAAUCAAGGAUUUAGCAAAGAAAAUUGUCCAUGAGUGCAAAGGAUUAGCUAUUGCAAUUGCAACAAUUUCCUGCACUUUGAAGGAUAAAAGUUUGGUUGAAUAG